GCCGCUUCCUCAAACGAGGGCUGAACAAUUAGAUUGAGUAUGACGUGAAGACAGCAAAACCAAGGAAAGUAGGCAGUCUAUAACGAAUCCAUGGCUACUUAUGCCAUUACCACAAUGGCUCAGUGUAUCAUUCGCAGUCUGUCGUGGCUAGCUCCUUCAAACUACUGGAGCUAUUCGGCUUUGCUACACCAUACAUCCAUGGAAUCGGAUCCGCGCAACAUCACCAAGUCCGUACCCGAAGCUCCGAAGACCCCAGAGAUGCGAGACGACAGCUUCGAUGCGAACAUGACAUCUGGCGAUGUUGAUAUGACGGGCGGAAAGACACGAGGCAGUAUCGCCAGCGACAGCUCGGAAGAGCCCUCAGACUCGCUGAUCGGAAGCCCAACACUCCCUUUUUUCGCGUAUGGUCGCAGACGGAGCUCUUUCAUCAGUCCUUUCCAGGAGUGGUGGAUUCUGAUGCAGUCCGAGUAUCCUGACACUCUACGCGAAAGCUCCAACCUCUUCUCGUUCAAGAGCGACCGUACUCCGAUCAAAGCUUGGGACAACCCCAAAUUUGCCCAUCUGAAGAACAAAUGGUCAUAUCGCCAGACCGAUGGAAAAGACGACAAGAACGCACAUCAGCAACAGAUUUCAUCGCAUAGACGUCCUGCGUCAGCUCGGACACCUCUGAUGCCGACAUUGAGCGAGGGUCAUGUAUUUGGAGGAUUCGAGAGACUCGAAGACCCGUUCACACCACCCGGCGUAAGCAAUAUGGAAUUCGCCCAGCUGAAUCUGGCUUCGGAUCAUAUCCAGAAGUCCGUCAGUCAAUCUACCUUGCAACUCGAUGCAUUGCUUGAGGGCCAGCAGGCCAGUGCGAAGGGCUUCCAGAAGCUGUCUGCGACUCUUGAGCGUAUGACCCAGCAGAUGGAUUCACUGGCCCGUAGACAGCAAGACCAUGAGAUCGUAUUACGCGAGCUAACUGCAGCUGCCACGGCGAACAACGCUGCUAGCGAUGUACAGUACAGACACCAACAAGCAGCUGCUUUGCAUUCACUGCAAUCCGUCAUCGAAGAGACCUGUUCGCGGGUGCAAGAGCUAUACCUAAAACCACCACCCACCCCAGGUCCGAACCACGAAAUACUGCAUGAGCUUCAAGAAGAAGUAUCGCAGACCGCUACACUGUUGCGAGACCUCUACAACCGUCCUUUGCCAGAAUCAGACCCUCACGCAGAAACACUCCAAAAACUGCAGAGACAGCUCUUGCAAAACACAAAAGCUGUUCGUGCAAUGAUGGACCGCCCUGAACCAGUCUCCAAUACAGAAACACUGCAGAAGCUGCACAAAGAAGCUUCACAAACCACAGCCAUCCUCCGCGGAAUAACGGACCGCUUAGCAACAGUAACAACACCUGCCGCACAAGCACAGCCAGUAUCAGAAACCACAGACAUCCUUCUCCAUCUACAAAAUGACAUGAACGCCAACAAGACUCUUCUUCGAGGUCUCCUGAACGACCAAAAGACGACAAAAAGAACCCUCCACACCAUCCUCGACUCCCAAGCCUCUUCCCAAAAAGCCCUUACCUCACAACUACAACAAACCCACACACUCUCAUCAACCCAAGCAUCCCAAGCAUCCCAAGCAUCCCAAGCAUCAUCAUCCCAAGCCUCAAACUUCUCCCACUUAGAAGCCAAGAUGGAAAAACAAAUGCAAGUACUGAAAAAGUCCUUUACCCUGCAAAUGGAAAAGCAACAGGAAAUGUUCAAAGGACAAUUGGAUGAAAUUUUGGGACAGGUCAAGGGGAGAAACGUGGUUAGAAGUGCUGAAUGUGGGCAUGGAGAGGUUUUGCCGCCGCCAAAGAAGAUUGGGAGGAAGAUUGUUGGUUAUGUUUAUGAGAAGGAGUGAUUAGAUGGUGGAAAGUCUGCGUUGUCUGGUAUCAGACGUGGCAGUGUAGGGCUGUGGUUAAUGACUUACGAUUGGCGUUUAAUUUUGUAUCUUCAUCCAUGCU